ACUUCGUUGCAGACGAACAGGAUCAGCGACAGAAAGGUCGUCUUCCUAGUCUAGUCGUUCCACCGCAAGCCCUCAGCGUACUACUCUCAAACGCAUACAGUACUCCAUCUCCUUUCAAGAAUGACCCGUACGUUUCUCAUCGGUCUUCCGUCCGGCUUACGCAACGGUGACUCUAUAAACGUAUGUCACCAAAAUGUCGCUCACACUUUGUUACCGAUUGGUUCCAUACGAAACAGGCGGAAACCAAAGAGAGAUCGCACGGGCGAAAGCUGCAAAAAAGGCCGACGGAAAAGGCGGGCAGCGCAAGGAUGAUAUGACACAUGCGCAACGGAUGGAGUAUGACAAAAAGAUGAUCCAGGAGAAGCAAGCGGCGAAAGCAGCGGCGGCAGCGGCAGCGGCAGCAGGCGGGGGAGCAGGGACAGACGCUAAGAAGAAAUGAGAGGACGA